AUGAAACUGUUUCAGGAAGCAAUUUUUCUUCUUUCGGGUUUGUUGCCCUUUACCAUUACGGCUUCAUCUUCAGAACUCACCUUCCGCUUCAAUCACGUCGGCAUCUCAGUUGCCAACUUGACGCUACAACGCGACUGGUACAAUCGAACCCUGGGUUUCAGCUCUCUGGUUGAAGUCGUCGGCCCAAUGGAGAUGCCAGCAGCACCCACCAACUCAAGCACGUCAGCUUCCACGUCCAAGCCAAGCACAAUCCAGGCUGUUCAGCUUCAAAACCCGACUACCGGUGCCAUCGUGGAGCUUAUAUGGCUCUCAUCAUCAAUGCCAGCGUCUCGGCUAAGCACAUCAUCGGCGGCAGCCGCAGCCGUUCAAGGCCUAUUUCAUUUUGCUUACCGAGUUCCGGAUCUUGACAGAGCAAUCCGAAAGCUGAAAGAAGAUGGUGUACACGUUGUGCAGCCAAUCGCACAAGGCGCGCCAUAUGUCAACCAUGAGCAGUCUACGUUUGCCUACAUCUCCGACCUAGAAGGAAAUCUGAUUGAGUUGAUACAGAUGGAAUAA